AUGACUUCAUGUCAUUAUUGUGAAUUAUUCAUAUUUAUUCAGAUGACUUCAUAUCAUUAUUAUGCAGGCCUACGUAUAUAAGUUUUUCAAAUCUCAUAUUUGUUUGGCUAAUUACUCGGGUUAAUUUUGUUAUUUCAAACUAAAUCGAUACACAAUGCUGUUGUAUCUGGUGUACAUGCAUAUAUGUGAAAAGGUUUCAACUAAAAAAACAAACAAAAGCAACAACUACCACCAGUCUGUAGAUAUUUAUAAAAACCUAAAUAUUUGUAUCGUUCCUUCAUUUCAUUGGUCGGUUUGAAUCCUUAGUGACAACAUCAGCGCUUAUUGGUCACACGGGUACCGGAAACACCCUGUGACCAAUAGGAGCGCAGAUUCGGUUUAAGGCGGGAAGCUCUGAAAGGCCGGAACUUCCGCUGAGUUUUUGUGUACAUUUUAUUUGGAUUAAGCGCUUUGCUUGCACACGUCAGAUACAUGUACUUGUUUUAUGUGGGUUUUUAAUACGAGUUGUGACACUGGUCACUUGAUUUGUUUUCAUGGCUGAACUGCUGGGAGAGCAUCUUCUGACCAAUCAGAAUGGAGAAUUCUGUGCUCAAACAAACAAAAUGUUCAUCGUCCAUGACACUGGUGUAUCGAAUAUAAUCCAGUGAGGGUAGAACCAUCCGUCAUGGAGCAGGUGUACAGGCUGCAGCGGGAAGUGGGUCGAGGCAGCUAUGGCGUGGUGUUUGAGGGCCAUGUGAUGGAGACAGGCUGGUGGGGCUGCAGAGGAGACACGGUGGCCAUCAAACGUCUGCCCUGCUGCAGCCCAGAAAGCAUUGAACUCUACUUGCAGGAGCUUUGGGCCAUGAGAGCCACUGCCAGUAUUCACCCGAAUGUCAUCGCCCUCCACAACUGCCUGCUGCAGACCGGCCCUAAAACGCUGCAGCCACUGAAAUCCAACAAGCUACCGCUGGACCUCGUGGAGAGUGCCCUCAAAGGAAGGGUCGUGGACAAGGACUCUAAAAGUCAAGCGAGAAACCCAGACAGGUCGAGGAGGAGACUGGCGUUCGAGGGGAAGUUGCCGAAACGGUGCUUGGCUUUGUGGCUGGUGAUGGAAUAUUGUGAUGGUGGAGACCUGAACCAGUACAUGCUGUCUAGGUGUCCAGACAUCCAGAGGAAUCAUGAGGUGGUUCGGCAGCUCAGUAGUGCCAUGACUUUCCUGCAUGGAUUGGGUAUAGUGCACCGAGAUCUGAAACCGGCCAAUGUGCUCGUCUGCCUAACUAAAACUGGCCCAGUGAUCAAGGUGGCCGACUUUGGGCUGAGCAAGACCGUAGAAGGCCCAACGGAAGGGCAACGGAGGAGACUGGCCCUCUCCUCCACGUGUGGUUCAGACUUCUACAUGGCCCCUGAGGUGUGGGCUGGACACAGCUACACAGCCCAAGCAGACAUUUUCUCUCUAGGUGUUCUCUUCUGGGCCGUGCUGGAGAGGAUCACCUUCCUGGAGGACGGCUCCAACGAGGAGCAGCUGGGAGCGUAUGCGGAGAAAGGCCGCUGGCUCACACCGCUUGGAGAGGCUUUAUGUGAGAAUCCAGCUCUGCAGUUGGUAAUCCCCAUGCGGGCACGACGGGCACCGCCAUUGCCUCCAACUCCAAGCCCUGACUUGUGUGCCCUGCUUUUGGACAUGCUGGCAUUUGACCCUGAUGCUCGUCCCACUGCUCUACAGCUGCAGGAGAGAGUUUAUAGGGCCACAGACACUCACUGAUCUCAAAAAAUUUUAUUUGUUUACUUGGACACAAUUAGACCGCCUCCUCUUUCUGCCCAUUCUGAGAACUUUAUGCUGAAUAUUACUGCUUGCCUUGUGGGAUGUGUAUUCUCUGUAUUUACUCGUGUGCCUGAGUUCACAUGCUGUCACUUUACAAAUAUUUUAAAAUAAACGCUUGAAAUAUCUCUGCAGUAUGAAACAAUGCAAUUCUGAACAGAAGUGCAGAAGUUUGCUGAGCCAUAAUGUCUACAGUGGAAAAAAGUUUAUGCACCCCUCUUAAAACGAAGAGUUUUGGUGAUGUAAAAAAAAAAAUGAACGCAAUAUCCUUGUCAUGUCAGAUCUUGUUUCCGCCAUUAGUGUCGUAUAGCAACCAUCAGAAUUCAUCAGCUGUUUCUGGAGGAUUUUCCUGACAUCUUGGUUUCAUCCGGCUGCCUAAGCCACGGACUGAAGAGCUUACAAAGCAUGUGCAGGAUCUCCCUGUCAAAAUGUAUUGAUCAGGAGAAGGGUAUAAAAGAAUUUCCUAAACAUAAGAUGUACCAUGGAACACUGUGAAGGCAAUCGUUAAUAAGUAGAGAAAAUGGGGGCACCACAGUGACCUCACCAAAAACAGGACCUGCCUUUUGAAUUGAGUGAAAGCACGAGAUGAAAACUUAUCAGGGAGGCUGCCAAGAAACCUACCGCUACACUAAAGGAGCUGCAGGAAUAUCUGCAAUUACUGCUCAAUCCCUGCAUGUGACAACAAUCUUGCCUACUCGGCGUGCCUCAAGGUCCCAUUCCAGAACCUUCACACUAUCUGUUCCUCAGCGGUGGAAUGAACCUCAAUCCAGACCGCAGAAUCUGUCACCAUCUUCAAGAAACAGCUAAAGACCCCUUAACACUUAACCAACCCCUAAAAAAAACAAACAAAAAAAACUCUGCUCUGCGCACUUUGCUUCUUCUAGAACUCAAUUAACAGAUCUUGUAUGGUAGCACUACUUGUAUUGUUCUCUGCUUGAUACAUCACUUUGCUUGUAUUUGCUCAUUUGUAAGUCGCUUUGGAUAAAUGCGUCUGCUAAAUGAAUAAAUGUAAACGAUCUCUCGUAUUCUUCACAUCAGGGAUAUAGAUUAGGGUGGCUAGACGGAAUCCCUUCCCCUCAUGGGGGGGGAACCCCACCCAGGCCCAUCUAAACCAUCCCAAACCAUGUGGGGAAAUUGUGUUGUGUGUUCUAAUGAGGUCGAUGUACAAUGUCACGGGUAUAAUUCUAAAAUACAUGUCUGGCGCAAAACCAAGUCAGUUGAUCACUCAAAGAACACCAUAUCCAUGGGGCAGCAUGGUGGUGGCAGCAUUACGCUAUGAGGCUGCUUCUGUUCAGCUGGGACUGGGGCUGUAGUCAAGACAGAGGGAAUCAUGGAUAACUCCAAAUACCAGUGUAGAUUGGCACAAAACCUGCAGGCCUCUGUCAUACAGCUGAAGAUGAAGAAAAAGUUCACCUUCCAACGCAAUAACGAUCCAAAGCACAAAUCCAAGUCAACAAAGGAACGGCUUCAGAAGAAGGUCUGUGUUUUGAAAUGACCCAGUCAGAUCUAAAUCCUAUGGGAAAACCUGUGGAAUGGUUUGAAAAGCGAUGUGCACAGGAGUUUUUAACCCUCAGUUUGAUAGAUUUGGAGUACAGUAAAUCUGUGUACACUUACGCAACCAAGUUAGUGCAAGUUUAGUCGUCUUUCACUCGAAAGUUUAGUUGCUGUAUCACAUUAAAGGUGGAAAAACGUGAUGUUUUCUUUCAGUUUAAUUCAUUUUACUUCACAAAAACAUGCCAUUUUAACAGGGGUGUGUAGACUUCAUUUUAUAUCCAUUGUAUAUUGCACUAGAUGUUUUUGUUUAUGUAUUUGCCGAAGAAAAAAAUAAAAAAGUGACCGAACGUAAAUGUUUGCUGUAUUUGUUUUGGAA